GAAAUAUCACAAAUUGUUAGGCAGACCGACUAAUCAAAAAGCCAACACAAUAACUCCGAGCCGAAGCCCAUCUAGGAGAGAAGCUCAGCCGCGGGGACACGCGGAGGAGUUACUACAAACAGAGCGAAGGCCUAGUGUGGAAGCAAACGAGCCGAGGUUCACGACGGCUCAGGGUCAACGGCAAAAAGAUGGACUUUCAGCAGCCCGAUCCCCUUCACUUACUAUUCAUUCUACUGCCUUUACUUACUCUAUACAGUUGAUUCUUAUUCAAACAGAGAGACAAGCAACCAAAAUGACACUCACAAACCGCCAACUCAUCUACGUCAAGGCCCCCACAGCCGCCAUCGACCCAUCCGUAACAAGCGGCACCUUCAACCUCAAGACCACCACGACCAUCGACAGGAACAAUGUCCCAUCCGACAAAGUCCUCGUACGCAUCCACUACCUAGCCCUCGAGCCCGCCAUGCGCCAAUGGCUCACAGCCAAACGGUCAUACAUUGCGCCCGUGAAAAUCGGCAGCAUCAUGCGCGGCCAAAGCAUCGCGCAGGUGCUCUCCGUCGGCAGCAGUCUGACAUCCCAAUACCAAGUCGGCGACUGGGUGAUUGCCUACUCGGGAUGGCAGGAAUACGCUGUUCUAGGCGCCAAAGAAGCGCAGAAGAUCUCCGUGCCGGAGGGGUGCAAGCCCACGGAUGCGAUGUCCGUGCUGGGGAUGACUGGGCUAACGGCGUAUUUCGGGAUGAUGGAUGUGGGGAAGCCGAAGGCUGGCGAUACGGUGGUUGUGUCUGGGGCGGCGGGCGCGACGGGGAUGGUUGCGGGCCAGAUUGCGAAGAUUCAGGGAGCGAAGAGGGUGGUUGGGAUUGCGGGGAGUAAGGAUAAGUGUGAGUUUCUGGUAAGGGAGUUGGGGUUUGAUGUGGCGAUCAAUUAUAAGGAUGAGGAUUGGAAGAAGCAGUUGAAGGAGGCUACGCCGGAGUAUAUCGAUGUUUACUUUGAUAAUGUGGGUGGAGAUAUCCUGGAUGCAUGCUUGGGUCGGGCGGCGCAGUUUGCUAGGUUCGUUAUUUGUGGUGCUAUUAGCCAGUAUAAUGUGGCGAAGCCGAAGGGACCGGCGAAUAUCAUGCAGGUUAUAUCGCAACGAGUCAAAAUGCAGGGCUACAUCGUGUUCGACUACGCCAAGCAGUACCCGGAUGCGUUGCAGGAUCUGGCCAAGUGGUUGACGCAGGGCAAGAUCAAGCGCAAGGAGCAUAUUGUGAAAGGGGGGUUGGAGUCGGCGCCGAAGAGUCUGGUGGAUUUGUAUAAUGGAGUGAAUACGGGCAAGAUGAUGGUGGAGGUGGUACCGGCGGAGGAGGGAAUUAGAGCGAAGUUGUAGCCCUAC